AUGAGUCUAUUGAAGAUCCCCUUCCUCGUGGCUUCAGCCAUUGGCAUGCAUAUCUCGUUGACUUCUCCCUCUCCGCUCCCGUCAUCCCAAGAGAAGGUAGCGCGCUCGACAUCCGAAUCAUUAAUCAGCCUAGUUCUAGAACUUCGGCUUGAAAACUCGUUGAAGAUUAGCGCAUGGGCAGCAUCACUUGUUGAAGUGGCCAACACACUGGCCAUGCAUGUAGAUCCCUCGCAGGACGUCUAUGGCGCUAGCGCUGUGCAGCUUUUGCACGCACUUCACUCCACGCCAAUCACUCCCGUUUUCCUUGCUGGCAGUCUUUCUCUCACGGUUGGCGGCGUGCUCAGGCUUUGUUGCAUAUCGACCUUAGGAAAGUUCUGGAGUUUCCCGCUCAGUGUGAGAAAAGAGCACAGAAUCGUAACAAGCGGUCCGUACUCUAUCGUCCGAGUCCGUCACCCAAGCUACACUGGUUUCCUUCUCCAAUAUGUCGGGAUUGUCAUCAUGCAUGGAAGCCAGGGGUCGUGGAUGAGGCAGUCUGGAAUUCUACAAGUGCCUAACAUGAAAGUAUUAGCAGCGAUUGUCUUCUUCAUGUUUACGACAGGCAUUUUGACUUCCAUCAACCGGUCUUCAGUGGAGGACAAGAUGCUGCAGCGUGCUCUAGGAGAGGAUUGGCAGAGUUGGGCUAAGAAGGUGAAAUAUAGAUUGCUUCCUGGGGUUUACUGA